AUUGUUUAGUAGGAUAGGUUUUAUCAACUGCAAUUCUACUUGCAGCUGACUAUUAUGACAACGCAAAUGUUCCGAGGCUACCAAGUUGCGCUUCAUUCACUGCGUUUUUACUUUGAACUGUAAUUGCAAUUCAACAAAGGAUGGAAGAGUAGUUGCUGUGAUAGGAAAAUGGGAUCUACUUUCCACAAAAGUGCUUUUGUAUUCAGAUGGCUAAUAGUAUUUCUAUUUAUGAUGAUAAGCGUUCAACAAUGGAAAAUAUCGGAAGAGACACUACCGAUUUACUCAACUUUGUUGGGAGUACUGAGUAGUUUUAUUCUGGGAAUUGUCAAAUACUUGCAAGCAUAUCAACCCUUUGGUUCGUCAUCAGUUGUUCAAUAUGUACACGAUGUUCUUCGAAUUCCCGAGAAAUUUGUGGAGCUUCCUAAAGAAGUCAGCAAAGUUUUUAUGAUACUUUCCCUGUUGGAAUUGGUGUUAACCAUAUGGCUACCCUUGUUGUUGGAAGGAUUGGAAGGCUUUAUGUGGUUAAAGUCGUUGGAACAGAACCCGUUUCUUUUCAACAAAAAUAUGUUACCGUUUAUUCAUUCUGCUUUGAAAUAUUUAUACAAACUAAAGUGGCUUCUUGCUUUGCGUAUUGAAGAGAAUGUCACUAUGGCCUCUCUUGAGAAAGUGCAAACUGUGAACAAACCCAUGGUUGAGUUAUUUCGUAUAUUCUUUGGACUGCCUGUAGUAAGAGGAGUGAAAAGAGUGUAUUAUUGGAAACCUUCUUAUUGUCUAUCACAGCUGAUUGCUCCUCAUGUGUUUGUUUUUAGUGUUCAGAUUGUUACCGAAGCAGUUGUUAUUGUAUUGGGAGGUAUGAAAGUUGGGAGAGCUAUUCUAUUGCAUGUUACACUUGUGUUCAAUUUACUUCGUGGAUUUCCUGCUUUCGUGUCUCUAUGGAAAGCUUUGGAUGCCUGGAAGAGCCAUCGUUGUAACUGGAUAUAUAUGAUUGCUACUAUUUUUCCUUGUGUUUUGUGGUUGUAUAGUUCCUUUGUUUUUUGUUGGAGAAAGUGGUUACCACUCUAUCGAAAGAAUAACGUUCAAAGAGCUGUGCCCAGUACAUCUGAGUCUUCCAACCAAGUCAAUGUCACAAAGAGUCGUUUGAGGAGAAGAAAAUGAACUCCAUCAGUUACACAAAUGUUAUC